AUGUAUGAAACAAAUUACACUGAAGUGUCUCAGUUUGUGUUUCUGGGACUUUCUGCAUCUAGACCCACUCAGCAUUUCUUCCUUGCCUUCGCUACAGUGUUUUACAUAACCAUUGCUCUGGGAAACAGUCUAGUUGUGUUUGCAGUAGUCUGUGAUCCCCAUUUACAUUCCCCCAUGUACUUCCUCUUAGGAAACCUCUCAUUCUUUGAUUUAUGUCUUUCUACCUUAACGGUCCCCAAGAUGAUUUCUGACCUCUACUCUGGGCACAGUACCAUUUCCUUCCAAGGCUGUGUCUUCCAGAUAUUUAUCCUUCAUGUCCUGGGUGGAUCUGAGAUGGUGCUGCUGGUAUCCAUGGCCUGGGACAGAUAUGUAGCCAUAUGCAAGCCUCUCCACUACCUGACCAUCAUGAGCCCAAGGAUGUGCAUUUUGCUUGUGUCUGGUGCUUGGGUUAUUGGACUUCUUCACUCAGUGGUCCAAUUAGCUUUUGUUUUCAAUUUACCUUUUUGUGGACCUAAUGAGAUAGAUAGCUUUUACUGUGAUCUUCCUCAGCUUAUCAAACUGGCCUGCAUAGACACCUACAGAAUGCAGUUCAUGGUUACUGGCAACAGUGGCUUUAUUUCCACAGGCACCUUCUUCUUACUGAUUGUCUCCUAUAUCUUCAUCUUGAUCACUGUAUGGAAACGAUCUUCAGGCAGUCUGUCCAAGGCCCUCUCUACACUUUCAGCUCACAUCUCUGUGGUGGUUUUAUUCUUCGGACCAUGCAUCUUUGUUUAUAUGUGGCCAUUUCCCACUGUAUCUGUGGAUAAGUUUCUUGCUAUUCUGGACUUCAUGAUUACCCCCAUCCUGAACCCUGCCAUUUACACACUGAGGAACAAAGACAUGAAGGGGGCAAUGAGGAGACUGAUUACUCAUCUCCUCAGUCUGAGAACAGUGACUUGCUCUAUCUCAGCACUGUGGUGCCUUCUGAGUGCUCUGGUGUAUGUAUAA